UGUUCCGGACCGUUAGAUGUUUGGGGGUGCUCAGUAGCUAUAGUUAAAAGACGGUGUUCGUGAUGUUGCUAAAAGUGAAACCUGGAGAAUAAUAGAGGUUUUUGUUCUUGGAGACCAUACAUAAUAUCGGCCUUUUGUUUUGGAGUUCAAACAUGGCUCAGCGCGUAGCGGUACCAGAUGGAGGAAACAAGAAGACCUCCAGAGUUCGGGUAGCUGUUCGUCUGCGACCCUUUAUGGUCAAGCAAGAUGAGAAAGGCGAAGGACCGUGUGUGAGAGGCCUGGACUCCCAGAACCUGGAAAUAAUCAACUGGAGGAAUGCUACAGAAACAGUGAAAUACCAUUUUGAUGUUUUUCAUGGUGAGCAAACGACACAGCAAGAGGUUUUCCUCUCAUCAGUGAAGCCCAUUCUACCACACAUACUGAAGGGACAAAAUGCAAGUGUGUUUGCCUAUGGGCCAACAGGAGCAGGCAAGACCCACACCAUGUUAGGCAGUUCAGAGCAGCCAGGCGUGAUCCCCCGAGCAGUUCAUGAGGUCUUCAAUCUGGUCAGAGGAAAGGAUGAGAAUGAAGGAUGGGAUUACAGCAUUGGCAUGUCUUAUUUGGAAAUUUACAAUGAAAAGGUUCUAGAUCUUCUAUUGCCAAGUUCCCAGGAUCUGCCAAUCAGAGAGGACAAGGACAAGAACAUCUUUAUCCCUGGCCUCACUCACACAACAAUCUCCUCCUUCUCAGAUUUUGACAAACACUUUGUCCCUGCCAGCUUAAAUCGUACUACAGCUUCUACCAAACUAAACCAGCGCUCCAGCCGCAGCCACGCUAUUCUCCUCAUCAAGGUUGUACGGACUGAACGUGCUUUGCCCCACCGUCAACAGACGGGCAAGCUGUACUUGGUAGACCUGGCUGGUUCUGAAGACAACCGCCGCACUGGCAACCAGGGCAUCCGCCUGAAGGAGAGCGGGGCCAUCAACCUGUCUCUCUUCACUCUGAGCAAAGUGGUGGACUCUCUUAACUCUGGCACUGCUGUCCGUGUGCCUUACAGAGACAGUAAACUAACACGGCUGCUGCAGGACUCCUUGGGUGGCUCCGCGCACUCGGUCAUGAUCACCAAUAUUGCGCCGGAGUACAAAUACUACUUUGAUACAUUUAGUGCGCUCAACUUUGCCGCUAAAUCCAAGCUCAUUAUGAACAAGCCCUUUACCCGAGAAACUGUUGCUGUGCCUGUGCUGCCAGUGAAGCGGGCCAGAGAGAACCAGGAGGCGGGCGGGUCUGGCACCGAGCCACAGAAGAAAAGGCAGAAAGAGGAGAAGAAAACCGAACAGGGUGGUUCCUCACCCUCUGCACAUUUUCAGAGUCCGUCAGAACCAUCUGUGAUGGACAGACUAAUAGCUCUGGAGAAGCUGAUGAUGAGCUGCAAGGACAUGGCCCAGUCUUGCAAGGAAAUCCAGGAGCUCAAAGAGAAGCAGCGUGAGUUUGAGAGCAAGGCCCUUCUACUCAGUCGGUUGGCUGGAGAAGAGUCCAACACCAAAGAGGAGCCCAUCUUCAAGAACAACACAGCUCCUUUGCAAAGGAAACAGUCAAAUGCCACAAAGCCCAUUAAGAAGCAGGCUGUGGUCCAACCCCUGCAAGUGUCCCAGCUUCAGCCUCUUCAGCAGCUUGCCGUCGUCAGAAAACAGUCCACCUGUGUCAAGAAGAAAGAGAGGAAGCUUUCAGACCAGGUUGAGCCUCCAGAUGGCAAAGAGAAUUUAAUGGAGAAUGCCUGGGAGUCACAGCUUGACACAUCUGUGUUGGAGCAGUCCAGGCAGAAAAUCCUGCAGGUUCUCAACACCGGCUCCCUUAAAGACCUGAAGGGUCUGCAGCAGAUCGGCGACAAGAAGGCAAAACUCAUUCUGGGCUGGAGGGAGAUCCACGGUCACUUCCCAAAGUUGGAGGAUCUGGUAAAAGUUGAGGGUAUGACAGAAAAGAGAUUUUCCUCCUUCAUGAAGGCAAACAUCCUGAGUGCCAUGGGGAAGUGAUUUUAUUUUUUCUUUUGUUUUUAAAUCAAACCUUGUAUAUAAUUUGUGUCUCGGAAGCCUUUAUUUGUCAUUUCUGCUUGAUUUUAUGAUGUUUUUGUAGUUACAACUGUGCUCCAGCUGAUGGCGCACUACUGUUUUUAAUAAACAUCUCACAUGCCA